AACAAUUUCUCCUAUUUACAGGGGUGUCGGCUGCAAAAAUAAUCUUUGUUACUCCUUACAUACACCAUUGACAGACAUCCUGCAUUAUCCCCCGUUGUGAGAUCUCACCAUGUCCGCAGAACCGUCAGAUCCCGUCAGUGCGCCGGUUCCCAGCUCGGAGAACCAGAACAUAGCUGCCACCGCAGCUCCUACAGCGGAAGCGCAACCCAAAGAGGAGUCGGAAUUGAACCUCCCAUCGUCGGCCGUUGAUGGCUUAAUCCAGAAGCCAUUCCCGAAGCCUCUCAACACAGCACACAUACCUGCGCCGGAACCGCUCACGGAACAACAACAGGGGUUGUACAACCAAGUCUUGGAGGAAGUCUCGAAGUGGACAACAAUCCCGACCACUUCUAAGAAAAAUGCUCCUACGGCGCCAAUCACCGACGACGAGCGCAUGUGGUUGACUCGCGAGUGUCUGAUCCGGUAUCUGCGUGCCGUCAAGUGGGACGAUAAAAAGAAGAAGGACAAGCAAAAGGUGGACGAGGCAGUUGCUCGGCUACAGAACACCCUUACAUGGCGUCGGGAAUAUGGCUUGGAAAAGCUGACAUCUGACUAUAUCGCCAUUGAGAAUGAAACUGGGAAGCAAAUUAUCCUGGGCUACGACGUCAAUGGACGCCCUUGUCACUAUCUCUGUCCCUCGAAGCAGAACACAGAGAAGAGCGAUCGACAGAUUCAGCAUCUCGUCUUCAUGUUGGAGAGGGUGAUUGACCUCAUGGUACCGGACCAGGAGACUUUGGCUUUGGUGGUCGAUUUCAACCAGGCGUCGUCGGACCAGAAUGCAUCGCCUACCCAGGCAUAUCAGACACUGCAAAUCCUUCAAAACCACUAUCCGGAGAGAUUGGGCCGGGCCUUAGUCAUUAACAUGCCAUACUGGCUCUCGUGGUUCUUCAAGGCAAUCUCCAGAUGGAUUGACCCAGUCACCAAGGAGAAGAUGAAAUUCAACGAGGAUCUCCGUCAACAUGUGCCUGCCGACCACUUAAUGAAAGCUAUGGGAGGCGACGUGGAGUUCCAGUACGACCACUCAACCUACUGGCCAGCAUUGAUUAAGUUGGCUGAAUCGCGACGAAACGGUUACUAUGAACGCUGGAUUGAAGGAGGCAAGCGGAUCGGAGAGUAUGAGAAUUAUCUCAGGGGCGGUCCUCAGCCCAGUCUGUCGCAGACCCAGGGUGAGAAAUCUUGAUCGUAAUCUCUUUGUCUGACGUCGUGAUUCCAACCUGUAACAUUUUCUCUACUGCAUAUGACCCCUGUUUGAUUUCGUUGCGAGCUGUCCACCGUUAUAAUCGGCAUUAAUAGCAUUGUUUGGGAGCAAAUUUCGGGAAUUAGGUCUUUCUUUUUGUGCAUACGUCGGCAUUUACUUUGAAUAUGAUACCUCAUUCUCCAU